AUGAGUUGGAUUGAGUCAACAGUGUACUUUGCGGGAUACAGAAUAUGGGAACCAGCACAAGUGUUGCUCAACAGAAUCACCACUUACAAGAGCUCCUUCAAGGCCAAGUCUGACUUUGUGAUGGAUCCUAUACCGGAAAUUGGGCUACAAGGGAUUUGGAAUUUGCUUCUAAGAGAAGAUGCAUUGGCAUUGCUAAUAAUGGAUCCCUACGGUGGUAGGAUGAAUGAGAUAUCAGAAUAUGAAAUCCCUUUUCCACACAGGAAGGGAAACUUGUACAACAUACAGUACUUGGUUAAGUGGGAUGACAACAGCAUUCAAGCAUCCAAUAGGCAUGUAAAUUGGAUGAGAAUGCUUCAUAGCUAUAUGACUCCAUAUGUUUCAAGAUCCCCAAGAGCUGCAUAUGCCAACUAUAGGGAUCUUGAUUUAGGUAGAAACCGCAAUCAUCAUACUCCUAACACAAGCUACUCAGAAGCAAGUGUUUGGGGUUUGAAGUACUUCAAGGGAAACUUCAAGAGAUUGGCACAAAUUAAGACAAGGGUUGAUCCCCAUAACUUUUUCAGGAAUGAACAGAGUAUUCCUAUCUUAAACUGA